AUGGCGCGCCUCGAAACGAAAGUCGACCUGAUAGGUCUUCAGUCAAACAUCAAAACAGACAUGGUUGACGUGCGAUCAAAGAUAGCGAAAGAUCUGCUAGAUCUUCGAUGUGACACCGAUGUCAUUCAAACUCGCAUCGGAACGGAGGUGGACAUUUUGCCUAGACGCAUUGAGGUAACCUACACAAGUUAUGAGAGGCGGUUGCUUGAGGUGUUCAUCCUGGUGUUUUUUUAUCGCGGAUAUAUUCUUGAUUAUGGCUAG